AGGAACUUCCGAGAAAAACAUACUAGCAACCCCCAAAAACAACUACAUCGUCUUGUAUGUAUCAUAAUUAAUACCUAGCAAUACUUAACCGGGACCUCAUUCUGCCCAUCAUUCAAUCUUCAUUCUAUUUAUACCCCCCCACGAAAGAAAAAGACGACACCGGUAGCUUUGUUUUCGUUACACAAAGAGCAUAAAACAACUCAUGGAAGUCGUGUAUUGCUUGAUAGGGUUAUCCUAGAUUUGAAAAGGAGAAAUGAGCAAUGUCAACUCUAGCAGAAACUCCUCCUUCGGAUUCAUCUUUCAGACGAGUCCAAGUUCAUACCGAUUCUGCAAGUAUAGGUAAGCUUACAUUUCUGAUUAUAAUCCAUGAGAUUCUUUCGCAAAGGCAUCAUGAUCUGCGCCUUAAAUUUCAAUGAAGAAUUGGAGUUGCAGGAAAACAUUAACAUACAUUGGUCUGUCUCUUUGGUCAAUCAAUCGUUCGUCUUUAUCCGAAACUCCCCUCAUUUACUGAAUGAAUAUUUACGAAACCCAGUGCGAUCUUGAACAAUGACUAACCAGCCUCUUUACCAGAUUCCAAAUCCUGCCACGUUAAUAAGACACAAAACACUCCUACACAUGCCCCCCUCACCAUACUCUCUUCCAGCGCAAUGAAUAUGCCUCACCUGAAUACGGAUCCCUCUCUGCUCAAAUCCUCAACGGGCACAAUUAGAUCUGUACCCUCCGAUGACUCUCGACUUAAUGCGAAUUCUCAGGACGAUAGCCCGACGGCGCAAUUUCCAUCACAGAACGACUCCAAUAUACCCAUAACUCCAAGAAAAAGUAGCUAUAAUUCUAUAAAUGGCCCAAAAUCUCCCCUUGGUCGACAGAAUCCGCCAGCGCUAGGCAUGACGAACGGAGUUGUCAGAAGCAUAUCUACUGAAUUCGGCUCUACCAAAUACUCAAGCAGCAAUGUUCAUGUUGUAGGAGAAAGCCUUGCGAAUGAUGGUGAAGAUUUUAACUCUGCUAUUGGAAAGGCAAGCUUGGGAAAGUCAGGAAGAGUGAUAGAGCGUUUGACCAAGGAAAAUGACAUGCUGAAGCGUGAUGUCAAGAUUGAGAGGCUGAGAGCAGAAGAGGCUCUCGAUCAGGCUAGACUAGCCGAGAGCAGAUUCGCCCAGGAGAAUGAGGAAUGGGAACGGAAGUUACGUGAUGCUGCUUUGAAUUCAACUGUCCUGAAGAGGAGAGAACGACAACUCGCGGAUGCCAAAGAAAAAAUAGAAGCAGAACGACUCAAGGCCGAGAAAGCUACUGAGAGUGAGCUCUUUUGGAAAAGUGAAAUGGAGAAAAUAGAGAAGGAAUGCAAAGCGAAGGUCGAAGAGGCUCAGAGCCGAGCCGAGCUAUACGAAGGAAGAAACAACGUGAUGACCAACCAUUGGAAGGACCAAGAAAAGCAAGCCAAUCAAACCGUGACGAAGCUGGAAAAGGAAAUCAAAAUAAUCGUAAAAGAAAGGAGGGCUGAUGAUGAGAAAAUUACCAUGCUAAAACGCCUCGCGGAGCAACAAGCGGAUCAACUAAAAGCACUACAGAAAGAAAAAGAUGACGUUGAUCGGAAGUAUGAGGAGUAUAAGACAGAGAAAGAGCAGUCCCUCGCGGAUAUCAAAGAGAAUGCUACGAAGCAGGAGAAGGCCAACGAGGAAAUCAUGGUGGAGACGCAGAAAGUUCUUGGGGAGCUGAAGUGGGCUCUGAAUGUCAAGAAGUAUGUGAAAGGAGCUGAAUAAAGAGCUCGAAUAUCUAUCCUGAGUACUUGGAUUCGCCGAUUUCACUGGUUCGAACUACUAUUUUUCCCGCUUGGAUCUUUUAAUUUCGACACACAUCAAUCACUUGCUUUCAAAAUACAGUACAUUCCAACAUCCCCUGAGCGCUCUAGCGACCCCGGAGACUGCAUUCCAUUGUCAGGAUACUGUUGUAUGUUCUGCGCUUUUGUACAUUAGACACUAUGGUUUUGGUAUCUCGGGUUGAAACUUGGGCCAAGAAGCCCAAGGUGUUAAGGAGUUUCUUUCUUGUGUUUACUUGGGUCUAAGCACUGUACAUUGGGGCAAACACUGGGAAGUUCAUGAGAGUUAGAUUUGCCUGGGUUAUUGGUGAUGAUUGAAUGAACUAGAUUUAUUUUUGUUGGUUUUACUGUGCAAAUUUUGCUUUAAAUCUCUUUGAUCACAGUCUGACGCAAAAGUAAAAUGUAAUACCCUUGAUCUUUCUAU